ACCAGUCGCAUUGCACAGCACGGCGGACGUAACCGCCGGUACAAUCCCGUAAUCGGCUCAGUUCCGUUCCAUAUAUUCUUUUAUUUUCUCCCAUUUCCAACCGCCGAAAACAGUCGUCUGCUAAACGUCUCUCAUACCUCAUCACCUAUACACAACCGAUUUCAAGAUGCCUGGUUUGGUCACGGCUACUGGCGUGCUAGCGUUCCUAGCCGAUGAGGAGCCCGAGCUUAAGGUGUUCGCGCUACAGACCCUCAAUGACGAUAUAGACACUGUUUGGUUCGAGGUCGCCAGCGCUCUAGGCCAGAUCGAGGCUCUCUAUGAGGAUGAAUCCUUUCCCGAACGCAAGCUGGCCGCCCUCGUUCUCGCCAAGGUCUACUACCACCUUCAAGCCUACGAUGAGAGCAUGUUUUUCGCCCUAGCCGCGGGUGAGCUAUUCAAGCUCGACAACCCCGGAGAGUUUGAGGAAACCAUCAUCUCCAAAUGCGUUGACCAUUACAUCGCUACUAAGAAUGAGAAUCACACCGUCGUCAGCAAGAAGGAUGGGGACGCUUCUCUGCCUGCCCUCGCUACGGCUUUUUCGAGUACUACCACCGACGGCAACGCCUCCGCCCUCAUCUCGCCCACGACUCCCUUCUCCCAGUCCACCCUGCCGUCUAAGUCCCUUCUGUCUCGCGCUUCCACCGACAAUACAAUUCUCGAACCUUCCUUCGAACCCCAGAAAAAGCAGCACCGGUCGUCCUCUAUCGCUUUGACCCAUAACGAACUUGACACCCGACGUGCCAUUGACAGCGUUAUAGAACGAUUGUUCGAAAGCUGCUUGGCAGAGAGGCGUUACCAGCAAGUUGUAGGUAUCGCUGUCGAAGCGAAGCGGCUCGAUGUGGUCAGCAAGGUUAUCCAACGCGCGGACGAUGAUUACAAGCGCAACAAGGGCAAAUCCGCGCAGGAAGACGCCAUGGGCCCUGCCGAGGAGCUUCUCGAUUACUGCUUAAAUAUAUGCAUGGACGUUGUGCAGGAGCGAGCUUUCCGGGAUGACAUCUUGCAGCUUAUCCUCGAUAUUCUCACUAGCGGCCGGGCUAAGGAUCCUGACUACUUCUCCAUCGCUAAGUGCAUUGUCUAUCUUAACAAGGACGAGCAGGCCCGCACGGUCAUACAGCAUCUCGUCAAAAGUGAGACCAUCGAGGCUACCGCCAUAGCUUACCAAUUUGCUUUCGACCUCUACGACAACGGCACGCAGGAGUUUCUGGGCAAGGUCAUCUCAGGCUUACCCAAGGGCGAGCCACCUGCUGAGAAGAAAGAGGACGAGCCCACCGGCGAAUCCGAGAGAGAACCCUUACUCGGAGAUUCCGAUGCUGGAGAAGUCGAUGAGAAGAAGGCCGCGAUCUAUAAAAAUAUUCGCUCCAUCCUCGACGGCACCAAAACCAUCAAGCUCAACCUUGAGUUCCUCUACCGCAACAACCGUACCGACUUGAGUAUUCUCAACAAGGUUCGGGACAGUCUAGAGGGCCGACAUUCCAUCUUCCACACAGCUGUCACUUUCUGCAAUGCCUUUAUGAACCAAGGCACGACCAACGACAAGUUCUUCCGAGAUAACUUAGAGUGGCUAGGCAAGGCCGUGAACUGGUCCAAGUUCACUGCCACCGCGGCUUUAGGCGUUAUCCACCGCGGGAACCUCUCCCAAUCUAGGAAGCUCCUAGAGCCCUAUCUCCCCCGAGGUGCCGGUGGUAUUAGUGGCGGCUCUCCCUAUUCGCAGGGUGGAGCCCUCUAUGCGUACGGUCUUAUCCACGCGAAUCACGGUGCUGACGCCUUGGACUACCUUAAGACCCAGUUUAUUGCUGCCGAGGAAGAGGUCAUCCAGCAUGGUGGCGCCCUAGGUCUUGGUCUCGCUGGCAUGGCUAGCGGAAACGAGGAGAUCUUCGAGAAUCUCAAGGCCGUUCUUUACGCCGACUCUGCUCUGAAUGGUGAGGCUGUCGGUCUUGCGAUGGGUCUGAUCAUGCUGGGUACCGGAAACGUGAAGGCUCUGGAAGAUAUGGUUGCUUACGCGCACGAAACAUCCCACGAGAAGAGUGUACGAGGUUUGGCUCUAGGUAUGGCCUUGAUCAUGUAUGGCCAGCAGGAAGGUGCGGACGUCAUGAUUGAAGGUCUCCUGAUGGAUCCGGAUCCAUCGUUGCGAUACGGUGGUAUCAUGACUGUGGCAAUGGCUUACUGCGGCACCGGCAGCAACAAGGCGAUUCGAAAGUUGCUACACGUCGCCGUCAGUGAUGUGAACGACGAUGUUCGGCGAAUUGCAGUCAUGAGCUUGGGUUUCAUCCUGUUCCGCAAGCCCGGAAGCGUGCCUCGCAUGGUCGAGCUCCUCUCCGAAUCAUACAAUCCCCACGUGCGUUAUGGCUCCGCCAUGGCGCUCGGUAUCUCAUGCGCGGGAACAGGACUCGACGAGGCUAUUGACCUUCUAGAGCCUAUGAUGAAGGAUCCCACCGACUUCGUCAGGCAAGGUGCUCUGAUUGCGCUGGCCAUGAUCAUGAUCCAGCAGAACGAAGUGAUGAACCCCAAGGUUGCGUCGAUCCGCAAGACACUGAAGAAGGUCGUCGGCGACCGCCACGAGGAUGCGAUGACCAAAUUCGGCGCCGCCCUCGCUCUAGGUAUUAUCGACGCCGGUGGACGUAACUGCACAAUCGGCCUGCAGACCCAGACGGGCAAUCUGAACAUGGCCGGCAUCGUCGGUAUGGCCGUGUUCACGCAGUACUGGUACUGGUUCCCCUUCACUCAUUUCCUGUCUCUGGCCUUCAGCCCAACCUCGAUCAUCGCUCUCGAUCACGAGUUGGAUAUCAUCGACGUCAAGUUUCACUGCGCUACCAAACCAAGCCUGUUCGACUACCCACCGGAGCAGGAGGUUAAGGCGGAAGAGGGACCGGCCAUGAUUGCUACCGCCAUUCUCUCCACCACUGCCCAGGCCAAACGCCGAGCCCAGAAGAAGGAGAAGGCGCAGCGACGAGAAAGCAUGGAUAUCGACUCCACUGCUACCCCGACCACUUCUAAGCCAGGUGCCACCGGUGAUAAGAUGGAGGUCGACACGAAGACCAAGCCAGGUGAGGACACUAAAGACAAGAAAGACGGCGAUACCCCCGCGCCAGGAGAUAAGGAAGGAUCAACGCCUCCUGCGGAUAUCAAGAAAAAGGCGGAGAAGGAGAAGCCGGGCUACGAUAUUGAAAAUAUGAGCCGCGUCUUACCCGCGCAGCUCAAGUAUAUCAGCCUCGCCAAGGGUCGUUACUGGCCCGUCAAAUUAGUGAGACCUGGUCCAUUACCUACCGGCGGUCCUAUAUUACUACACGACACGCAGCCCGACAAGGAAAAGGCGCUUAUCGAAGAAAAGCUCAAGAAGGUAGCAACAGAGAAGGCCCCUGUCGCCGGUGCUGGUUCACGCAACCCGCGAUCCGUUGAGGAAGCGCUCCUCAGCCGGCUUGGACGAGACCAGCUCGCUACUCCAAGCCGGAACACGAGUGGCGCCGCUGCCGGUGCCGGUGUACUGACUGCCAUCGAUGAGGAUGGCGAAGGAGACGAAGAAGCGCAACCUCCUCACGAUUUUGAGUACUAUACCGAUGAAGAGGAGGAUGACUAGACGUCGCAUUCUAGAUAACGACAGCCGUGUGAACUUGUAUCUUAAUUGUAACAUAGAUGAUCCAGUCCCGCGAAAUAAUUACCAUGGCGUCCUAAGCCUAAAUACUCUGAUCUUCAAACUCUGAUCGAGCUAGUACGUCGACAUCUGUUACUCGAGCCCGACUGCUGUAGGCAAAUUGUAUCAUCUCUACACUAGAUACUAACUACGCAUUCUAGUAGUUAGAGUGCACACCAAGGGGGUUUGCUCGA